AGCUGUGGAUCACGUGGUACGGAAUUAUUUAUUUUGACCACUACACGUAGUACCUUACCGACAGUUCGAUAUCCUAGGCUUGUAACAUCUAUGACACAUUAAGUGAUACUGAACCAGAUACAAUAGUUUCACGUUCAUGUCCAGAAUUUACAAUAGAAUUUCAUCGUUGAUACUUGCUGUGCUGUUGGUAGUUUAUUGUAUUGAAUGUAACAUGGCGACUGUUUUACCGUUUUCAAACAAAGAAAUGUCUGCAGCUUUCUCAAGAGCUAAUAAGAGAUUCAUGCUAAGUCUGCUGAAGCAGUUACCAUCAGAAUCCAAUAUAUUCUACUCGCCAUUCAGCAUAUCAACAGCCCUAGCAAUGGUUCAUAUGGGAGCAAGAACAGAAACCUUGAAAGAAAUGACUGAAGCCCUCCACUUUGAGGAAAUGGACAAAGAUGUCCACACAGCAUUUGGCUCUUAUCUUGAUUUCUUGUCAAAGGAAACCGUUGAUUGCACACUUAAAACUGCCAAUAGAAUCUAUCAAAGCAUGAGGUUCAAACCUGAAGAAUCUUUCCUAGAAGACUGCAACACACAUUUUAAAGCUUCAUUAGAGAGCGUCGAUUUUUCUCAGUCUGAGGCAGCAAGCAAAAUAAUCAAUUCCUGGGUUAGUCAGCAAACUGAAAAUAAAAUCCAAGAUCUGAUUCCAGCAAGUGCGCUGGAUGAACUUACAUUCAUGGUUCUAGUAAAUGCCAUCUACUUUAGAGGAAACUGGAACAGAAAAUUUCAAAGCAAGCUCACACAAGUAAUGGAGUUUCGGAACACCAAGGAAAAAGUAAACACAGACAUGAUGUAUCAAAAGGCCUCUUUCAAUUUCUGCCACUUGCCUGACCUAACGCUUAGUGCCCUUGAGCUGCCAUAUCAAGGAAAAACCCUCAGCAUGCUUAUUCUUCUCCCCUUAGCUGUCGAUGGUAUAGAGCAUCUAGAAAAAAAUUUAACAGAAUCUCUCCUCAAAUCUAUAGUCAGUAACCUAAGGGAGAAGAAGGUUGCUGUGUAUCUACCGAAAUUUAAAAUGGAAUCGACCUUUCAGCUGAAGCCAUAUUUGUCAGCUUUGGGUAUGCCUUUAGCAUUUGGAGAUAAUGCUGAUUUUACAGGCAUGGAUAAAGAUAAAGAUGUUUACAUUAGUGAGGUGUACCAUAAAGCCUUUGUUGAUGUCAAUGAAGAAGGAACCGAAGCUGCCGCAGCCACGGGUGUCGUUAUGAAGAAGCGAUCUAUAGAGAUUACCCCAGAGUUUCGAGCAAAUCACCCUUUUUUAUUUUUUAUUCGAGAUUCAGUUAAUGACGUCAUUCUGUUUGCUGGGAGAUUUUAUAAACCUACCAGCGCAUCUGUAAAGGACGAACUUUAGUUGAUAGUGAUGUAAAUUACAAAAUGUUCAUUUAUUUGAUGUAUAGAAAUUAGCAUUCCGGCAUGUCAUUUUAAAUGAGGACAUUAUGUUGAAUAGUUUUUUAUAACAUGUACAUAACAUGUUGAUACUGGAAAUUGAAUUUGUUGAAA